GAGGAUGAGCGGUGAUGUUCUCUAGCCACCCCUAGCAGUGUCUCGGCUCUCUCUGGAUGCGCGGCAGCUGACUGGGACUUGGGGUUUCUCCGGAGAAGCGGCAGCACCAGCGGUCAGCAAUGACUGUCCAGAGACUCGUGGCCGCGGCUGUGCUGGUGGCCCUCGUCUCACUCAUCCUCAACAACGCGGCGGCCUUCACGCCCAACUGGGUGUGCCAGACGCUGGAGGACGGGCGCAAGCGCAGCGUGGGGCUGUGGAGGUCCUGCUGGCUGCUGGACAGGGCCCGGGGAGGGCCGCGCCCCGGAGCUGGGGCCAGGGCCGGGGCCAGGGCCGGCCAGGUGGACGCACACGACUGUGAGGCUCUAGGCUGGGGCUCUGAGGCCGCCGGCUUCCAGGAGUCCCGAGGCACCGUCAAACUGCAGUUCGACAUGAUGCGCGCCUGCAACCUGGUGGCCACAGCAGCACUCGCCGCAGGUCAGCUCACCUUUGUUCUGGGGCUGACAGGCCUGUCCCUGAUGUCACCCGACUCCCCGUGCUGGGAGGAGGCCAUGGCUGCUGCAUUCCAACUGGCAAGUUUUGUCCUGGUCAUUGGGCUGGUAACUUUCUACAGGAUUGGCCCAUACACCAGCCUGUCCUGGUCGUGCUACCUGAACAUUGGCGCCUGCCUUCUGGCCACCCUGGCAGCAGCCAUGCUCAUCUGGAACAUUCUUCACAGGAGAGAGGACUGCAUGGCACCCCGCGUGAUUGUCAUCAGCCGCUCCCUCACCGCACGGCUUCGCCGUGGGCUAGAUAAUGACUAUGUGGAGUCACCAUGCUAACAGUCACCCUUCUCAG